AUGUCAUCAGUCGCUUCAACCAUUCGAAGUCAGAAAUCAGUACUCAUUUCUGGUGGGAGUAUUGCCGGCCCAGCGAUCGCUUGGUGGUUGCAUCGCUAUGGUUUCAAGACAACAUUGGUUGAGCGGUGGUCGGAGUUACGUCCGGGUGGUCAGAAUAUCGAUGUCACCAAUCAAGGGCUUGAAGUCAUUCGCAAAAUGGAUCUUGAAUCGACCAUUCUGGCUGCCAAUACGGGGGAGAAGGGUACCGUUUUGACUGAUGUCAAGGGCAACAACCGACUUGUGCUUCCUCUGGAUCAAGGUUUCAGCUUUACAAACGACACUGAAAUCUUGCGAGGUGAAUUCGCGAGGAUCCUCUACGAAGCAACUAUAAAGAAUACCGAAUGGCGAUUCGGUGAUCAGAUCAACGCCUUGGAGGAGAUCACAGGAGAUAAUGCCAAUGAUUAUGGAGGAGUCAAUGUGGAAUUCAAAAGUGGAAAAAAGGAGAUGUUUGAUUUAGUUGUCAUCGCGGAUGGGGUCGGAUCUAGGACCAGAAAACUAGCUUUCAGCGGAGAUGAAGUGCGAUUCAAAGCUCUAGGAUGCUAUAUAGCGUAUUUUACUAUACCUCUUGACCCCACCGAACCUCGAUCUGACCAGUGGAUCGUCACUCAUCUUCCCGGUAAACGUUGUCUUAACUUCCGCCCGGACGGUCAAGGCACAACUAAGGCUUUCCUUAUGUGGAUCGCGGACAAACCUUCUGGAGCUGAAAGACGACCCAUGGGUGAACAGAUCGAGUUCAUCAAGGAAGUAUUGCUCUCCGGGGAAGACCUGUCUAGUCCUCUUGUAGAUAGGGUUGUGAAAGGUCUCGAAACCACCGACGAUGUCUACCUUGAAUGGUCUGGUCAAAUCAAGGCCAAGCGCCUAUCGACACCGGGAGGCCAUAUCGGUAUGAUUGGCGAUGCUGCCUACUGCGGCACAGCCAUGUCUGGAGGUGGUACCACUUUAUCUCUCGUCGGUGCCUACAUGCUCGCCAGUGAACUUGCCAAACAUGCUGACAAUCCCAAAGCCGGGUUUGACGCCUACGAAAAAUGGAUGGCCCCUUUCGCGGCUAACAUACAGAAACUAGUCCCCGGUGUCCCACAUAUUGCGCUCCCCGCAACAAGCUGGGGCAUCCAUGUAUUCCACGCCGUAAUCAGACUAGUCGCGUGGAUUUCUAGAUCAAAACCUCUGCGAUGGGCUGCGGGCUUUGUGUUCAAAGACGAUAGGAGCGAGGUACCAUUGCCAGAUUAUAAAGAAUACGAAAGAAUUGUAGAUGCGGGAAAGGGCAAUGAGUAG